UCUUAUCAGGUUGGUGAAAUGGCCUCAAAUCAAAUGGAAGUUGCUGCUCUGGGUCGACCUUUCACCCUCGGAAUGCUCUAUGAUGCUCAAAGAGAUGCACUGAUCACAGGAUUGAAGUUGUGGGAUGAUGAAACUCUACAAGGAAAGACAACUAGAAAGAUCAAACCCAGCAGUGAUUUUGACAUUAUUGAAUCUGACUCCAUUGAAUCCAAGUCCUCUCUGCUGGAGGUUGAUGAUCCUCGGAAGGUCAGUGUCCUCUGUGGACUGAUUCAAGUGAAAGGAUCUGCCGAAUACCUGAAAGAUCAGAAAGAAUUCAAGAAUCAGAGCAGAGUGACUGGUCAAUACAAAUCUACAUCCCACUUGGAACAGUUGUCAAUGACUGAUCUGAUGUCCUUAGAACCCCAACAAAAGGACGUUAUCAUAAAGAGCUCUGCAACACACAUAGUCACAGGCAUCCUUUAUGGGGCAAAUGCUUUCUUUGUGUUUGACAGUGAAAAGUUAGACAGCAGCGUUGAAGAAAUUGGGGCCAGCAUGAAACUUAUGAUGAUAAAGAUCCCCUUAUUAAGUGUGGAUGACCAGGGGAGCACCAAACUGACUGAGGAAGAAAAAGCCCUGAGUGGUAAAUUCUCUUGCAAGUUCUUUGGAGACUUCACCCUUCAAAGCCUCCCUUUCACAUUUGAAGAUGCAGUGAAGACCUUUGGACAACUCCCACAGCUACUGGGGGAAAAUGGAGAGAAAGCUGUCCCAAUGAAGGUCUGGCUGAUGCCACUGACUAAACUAUGUCCAGAAGCUGCGGUGCUGAAGAGUGAGAUCAGUGUUGGACUGGUGGGAAGGAUGCAGCAUACUCUUGUAGAUUUGAGGGAAAUCCAAAUGAGAAGCAAUGAAUCUCUUAAAGAUAGAGUGGUAAAGAACUUUCCGCAUGUUACAGAAGAGUUAGACACUUUCCAGAAGUUGUGUCACCUCUAUACGUCAAACCUUCAGGGCACCAUGAAGAAGAAACUCCCCUUCAUCCGUGAAGGUAAAGAAGAUGAGAGCUCAUUAGAAAAAAGCAUUGACAACAGAGACGAGUCCCCAUUCAGUCAAGAAAAACUAAUCAAUUGGCUGGAUGAUAAGGAGAGAGAAAUCAACGUCAUCAGAUCCUGUGUAGAGACCAUGGAGGGAACAAAGAUCGUCAAAAAUCAGUCCGAGCUCGACAGAGAGGUUCUUGCUGCAGAUGUACACAAUACUUUGUGCUUUGUUUUCACCUCCACCAAACGAGGCGACACUUACCUUGAUGAGAUGGCCACAUAUUUGGACACUCCUAGAAUGGGGAGUACCUCUGAAGACGAAUGGUUCAACUCAGAUGAAGUCUUGAGUCUUAUGAGACAAAAAGCCAAAACUUUCCAAGACUUCGCCAAAACACAGAAGAACAACAACCGGAUCCGUUUCCUCAUCGCAGUCAUUCCAAAUGAGAAAUAUAAAGGGGCAACCGUCUACCAUUACAAGCAGGGCAAACUGGUCAGCAAAGAUUUCUCAGAACCUGACCUUCAUCCUGAAAAGAUCACGGACAGAAGAGAUCUGAACUUGUAUGCCUGUGAUCUCACCCUGGACCCGAACACUGCUUACAAUUACCUCGUUCUGUCUGAUGGAAACAAGAAGGCAACAAGUGGAUCAAUAUGGCAGAAAUAUCCUGAUAAUCCAGAGAGGUUUGAUUCAUUCACUCAGGUGUUGUGCCGAGAGGGUUUAUCUGGGCGCCAUUACUGGGAGGUUGAGUGGAGUGAUGCUUCUGUUCAUGUAGCUGUUGCAUACAAGACCAUUGAAAGAAAGGGAAAUAGUUACUGCUGCCAAUUGGGAAAUAAUACAGUAUCAUGGUGUUUUGGCCAGGGGGGUACACGUACGUACGAACUCAGUGCAUGGCACAAUGGAAAUGUGUGGCAAUCUCCUUUUCCCUGUGGUGGCUGCUCAACACUCGGUGUGUAUCUGGACUGGCCUGCAGGCACUCUGUCCUUCUACAAAGUCUCCUCUGACACACUGACACACCUUUACACCUUUCACACCAGAUUCAAUGAGCCUGUGUACCCAGGCUUCUGGGUUUACCGUGCAGGCAACUACGCCUACCUGCGUCCUCUCGAAUAG